AUGGAAGCAAAAGUGCUUAUAACGUCGCUAUCGUUUUUGUUCGCUGUUUUGGGCAGUUUACCUUCGGGUACUUGCCCUUUAAUUGAUUUCAAUAGAGGCGGUAAUGACUUUAUUGCCUAUAAUAUUGGCUACCGCAAGACUUAUGAGGCGUUACUCCCACUAUUACGGAACCUGCCGUUUGAAAAUAAACACGGCUUGAGUGUGACCAUUUAUGAUGGAAAUGCCGUAUCAAUUCUGUUUUUCACUCGAAUAUUGGAGUAUAUUGACACCCAUACUGAUGAGUUAGGCACUUCAGAAGAUGUGGAAAUCAUCAGACACGCGUUCGAUGUGUUUGAUAAACAGGUAUACCGCACUAUCGUCACGUUCACUCCCCUUGGCUACUACCAUAUAUUUGUCGACAUGACGGAUGAGUUCUGGGACUUGGUGUAUGCGCAGAAUCCGCUUGCUCUAAGCUGGCUUAAUGUAUUGGCUGCCUACGCUCUUGUGUAUAAGCUCUACUUCAUUCGGGAUAACAAUAUUUGGGUGGAUUAUAUGAACUGGUAUCGCGAGUGGUACGGUCACAAGUACUUUUGGGAUGAGCCCGUAUACCAAGCGGUGGUUGAACAAGGUUACUGUGUAAGUGACUAUUCGUUGCUACAAUUCUUCAACCCCCUCGAAUGUGCCACGAUUGACGAAAUCUCAUGA